CACUUCCCUGAGGCCAUUCACAUGCAUACUUCCCUCCUUGCUGUUAACUUUAAACCCUUUGUGCUUUAACAUUCACAGGGAACCAGCUGCUAUGUCAGCCGUAGCCUUCAAACUGGCCAGGGAAAAGGCCAUCCUAGAUGGCGUAGGAUCCAGUGGAAAUAUUGUAAAAUACCUAAAUCAGGAUUUUGAGGCCCUGAAAAGUCAAUGUUUGCACUCCGGGACUCUCUUUAAAGAUGAACAAUUUCCUGCCUGCCCUUCCUCUCUUGGCUAUAAAGAAUUGGGACCUUAUUUUUCCAAAACUCAGGGCAUUAUUUGGAAACGACCCCAGGAACUCGUCCCAAACCCCCAGUUCAUUGAGGGAGGAGCCACUCGUACAGAUAUUUGUCAGGGGGUUCUGGGAGACUGCUGGGUUUUGGCAGCUGUUGCAAGUCUCACCUUAAAUAAAGCCAUUUUAGAGUGGGUUGUUCCCAAUGAUCAAAGUUUCCAGAAGGACUAUGCUGGGAUAUUUCAUUUCAAGUUUUGGCAGUAUGGAGAAUGGUUGGAUGUUAUUGUUGAUGACCGGCUUCCCACAAAAAAUGGACAACUAGUCUACUUGUUCUCAAAAGAACGCAAUGAGUUUUGGGGUGCCUUAUUGGAAAAAGCCUAUGCCAAGAUGUCCUUCUCAGAUUUUAAAAAGCAAUUUACAAAUCUUGAGAUCUGUAAUUUGUCUCCGGAUCUUCUGACCUGCAAUCAAGCUCGUAAAUGGAACAUGAAACUACUCCAUGGAACCUGGCAAAGUGGUUCUACAGCUGGUGGCUCCCCAAAUUAUCCAGUAACAUAUUGGACCAACCCACAGUUCAAAAUCAAAUUGGAGGAGCCAGAUGAUGAUCAGGAAGCAAAUGCAUGUGAGCCUUGUUGCACGAUGAUAGUAGGUUUGAUGCAGAAAAAUCGCAGACGACAGAAGAUGAAGGGGGAAGAUUGGCUCAAGAUUGGCUACUGCAUUUAUCAGAUGCCCAAAGAGUUAAAAAAUCAAGCUAAUGUUCAUCUAAGCAGAGAGUUCUUCUCAACAAAUAAACCUGUAGUUCAUUUUGACCGAGAGGUCUGCUUGCGUGAAGCAUCAAGUCGCUUCCACCUGCCACAAGGAGACUAUUUUAUUGUGCCAUAUACCUCUCAGCCUUUCCAAAAUGGACACUUUUUCCUUAGGAUCUUCUCUGUGAAACAGAUUAAAGCUCAAGAAAUUGGGGACACUGCCACUGCUAAUCCAUAUGAGCCUCAAGUUACAGACAAGGAUAUAGACAACGAAUUCAAAACUCUAUUCCAAACGCUUUCUGGGGAGGAUUGUGAACUGACUGCUGAUGAACUUCAGACCAUUUUGAAUAGAGUCAUAACAAAAAGAAUAGACAUUAAAUGUGAUGGAUUCAACAUAAACACCUGCAGAGAGAUGAUCAGUCUCUUAGAUAACGAUGGAACUGGUAUCCUGGGACUUGUAGAAUUCAAGAUCCUUUGGAUGAAGAUUCAGAAAUAUCUGGAAAUCUAUAAAAAAGUAGAUAUGAACUGUUCUGGAACCAUAGAGGCACAUGAAAUGAGAAAUGCUCUCAAGGAAGCCGGUUUCAAUCUCAGUAACAAAAUCCAGCAAAGUAUAAUUAUUCGUUAUGCCUGCAGCAAGCUGGCCAUUGACUUUGAUGGCUUUGUGGCCUGUAUGAUUCGUCUAGAAUGCUUGUUCAAAAUGUUUCAGAUACUAGAUAAGGAUAAAGAUGGAACAGUUCAGCUUUCUUUGACAGAGUGGCUGUGUAGUGCAUUGAUCUAAAGCAUUAUUUUUGGCAAUCAUUUGGAAACUGGACCAACUUAUCAUUCCACCAAGAAGUUUUUGAGAAAAAGUUGAUUCCAUGACCUUCUAAAAAUAUGAGGAAUUAUGCCAGGCUCUAGUGUAUAAUUUUAAAUAAUCAUAAAAUAAACAAUUAUGCAUAGAAAUAUUGUAUAGCAAGCAUAGCCAUAUUAGCAGCUUUGAUUUAAUGAAUAAUAUGUAUUAUGAAAUCUAUGUUUUGAAACUGUGAUUAAAAUUGAAUUCAUUUCUAAUUUUAUUUCUAUAUAAAAAUAAUUCAUCUGCCUCCAUUUUGCACCUAUCAGAAAGCUGUAUGUCUUGCCUAAGAAUAGAAAUUGAUUUAUAAAAUAUCUAGUAUUUCUAUUUUCCAAAAUGGGAGAUCAUCCAUCCUGGAUGAGAAGGAAGAUGAAAAUUAAAUGAGCUGGAGAAUAUCAUGGGCUUAGAGCCAGGCAGCCUUACCUCAAAGCAUAAAUAAUUGGCAAAAAUCUAAUGUGAAGUUCAGUUAAAAAUACUGAAAAUAUACUAAAAAAAAUAUGAAGCAAAAUGGAAGAGAACUGAACGGGGUCAGUAGUUUAGAAUAACCCCCAAACUGAGACUGACCUUCCUAACAACAAUAACAAUAUAGCACAAUAGUGCUAGAACUUAAAGAAAGGAUAAUGAGAAUUAAGAAGGAUUUUUUUUAAAAAAAAAAAACCUGUUACCGAAGCUGCUUUUUGGCUAAUCAAAAACCAAAAGAAUCCCAGUAAGUUGUGGAAGUGAAGCAAAUGAAAUUAUCUUAUUAGGUCUCCCCACAAGAAGAACCAAGGGAUUGGGCAAAGGAAAGCAUAAUUUAAAAACCUGUUUAAUUCAGCAGGUUAAAACAGCUACCAGCAAAUCACAGAUACAAGUAACUCUUACUAGGAGAAUCUACUAAAAUGAACAAAGCCACAUAGUGCAGAUCAAAUCUUUGUAAUGAUAAAAAGCAGCAUAAGGAGAAUGGGGCACGGUCAGUUAAAAAGCAUAUAAAAUACAUCAGCAUCUUAAAAUAAUGUUAAUGAUAUAUAAAAUAAAAUCCAAAUAAAAAGGGAGUCUUUCAGAAGUUACUCAGUGAUGUUGGAAUUGAUUCAUCCUAGCUUACUAUUACAGGGGCAUUUUGAUUUGAAUGAACAUUUACCAAUCAUCAUGUGAAAUAAAAUAUAUUUUCCUUCUCGUU